AUGUUUCUAGCGCUAGACGCUGACGUCAGUUCCUCAGCUAUCUGGAUCACAGCGGGUUCCACAGGGCAGUACACCAAGGUGGAGUCGAUGGCUGUGCCUGUCAGUCACAAAAACAACCUGAUCCAGAUCUUGACAGCUGUGGUGGAGGAGCUGAAGGUCUCCAUGAGAAAGCAGGUCAGUGGGGCUGACCACCUGUACAGUCUACUCAAUGCCCCCUGGCUCCAGUCUCUGCUCAAGAUAUACGAGUGCCUCCAGCUGCACCUGAGCAACAGUCCUGAGCCGUAUCUGACCUACGCUUCAGGACUUUCCCAUCAGAUGAUGGUUGACUUGCAAGGACUGGCUAACCCCUCCACUGAGGCCACAGAGCUUUACAGACUUCUGCGAAACCCACACCUUCAGGCACUUCUGUCCUCCCACGACAUGGUGGCCCAGAAGGAUUUCAACCCGGUUCUGCCACCGCUUCCAGACGACCUGCCUAAUGAGGAAGAGGCCAUGAGGAUUGUGUGUCUGGUGAAGAACAACCAACCCUUGGGGGCAACUAUAAAGAAGAACGAGGUGACGGGUGAAAUUUUUGUGGCGAGGGUGAUCCACGGGGGGCUGGCAGAUCGAAGUGGUCUGCUGAACAUGGGAGACAAACUGGUGGAGGUGAACUGGCAGCCCGUGGCAGGAAUGGACCCUGAGCAGAUCAUAGAGAUCCUGACCCAGAGUCAAGGCACCAUAAUGUUCAAACUGGUUCCCAUGUCAGACAAACCGGUGAACACCCCUGUCAAGCUGUACAUGCGGGCCAUGGUGGACUACUGUCCGCAGCACGACCCAGCUAUCCCGUGCGCUGAUGCAGGAGUGGUGUUCCACAAGGGUAACGUGCUCGAGGUUGUGGACCAGACCGACGCCCUUUGGUGGCAAGCCAGGAAGCUGCCCAGCACGUCAGCCUUCGCCGGCCUCAUUCCCUCGGCUGAGCUGCUGAAAAGAAAACAGAAAGAUUUCUGGUGGUCGCCACCACUCUUGACCCAGACCUGCAUUGAAAUCUUGAGUGCUGCUGAUGAGCAGGAAGAUAUGAUGGCUAUUGAUGAGAAGUGUGUUGAAACGGAUGAGGAAGCUUUUGAAUCUGAGGAGCUCAAAGAAGACGAGGGUGAAUUCAGCAGUAGCGCUGAGGGUAUCUAUAUAGCGGGAUUCCGGCGCAGCCUGCGUCUCUGUCGCAGAAAGUUGGCCAGCCUCCUCCAUCAGUCCAGGGACAACCACUACCCGUCGAGCAGCCACAGCGCCCUGACCCAUCCGUACGAGGAGGUGGUGCUCUACCAGCGCCGAAUGCAGGACAAACACCGGCUUGUGGUACUUGUGGGUUCAUCAGGUGUUGGCGUGAACGAGCUUCGCCGACGACUCAUUGAACGCCAGCCUAAGAUUUUCCAGGGGCCAGUUCCACACACAACACGACCACCCAAGAGCUAUGAAGAGCCAGGAAGAGAAUAUCAUUUUAUUAAAAAGGAGCAGUUUGAGAACAUGGCUGACACUCAAAGAUUCUUGGAAUAUGCAGAGUACAAAGGCCACCUGUAUGGCACCAGUUUCGAUGGCAUAAGAGAUGUCCUGGACAAGGGAAUGAUUUGCAUUGUAGACAUUGAACCACAUGCUAUUCCGUCCAUCAGAACACAAGAAUUUAGGCCCUACAUCAUCUUUGUGAAGCCGCCCAGUUGUGCCCGUAUGAGGAAGACCAGGAAAAAUGCCCAGAUCAUCACCAAUUACUUUGUGAACAGGCCUUUCAAAGAGGAGGACUUCCAGGAGAUAGAGGAGGCUGCGAAGAAGAUGGAGGCUCAGUAUGGUCAUUUCUUUGACCAUGUGCUGGUCAAUGAUGGGCUGCAGGACUCCUGUGAGCAGCUUCUUUGGGUUACAAGGCGGGCACAGGAUGACCCCCAGUGGGUUCCUGCUGCAUGGCUGCAGCCCACAGGCCAGUCCUGAGGGGACGGACGACAGGCGGCGGAGGAGCGAACUGGAUGAGGGACACAGGGGAGCAGGAAUAUGCAGUACAAGUGGCUCUCAAUCAAAGCGGCGUGCACAUAAAAUAAACAAUAAUGAAAGUGGAUUAAAAUGAGUUCCAUAAAAGGAAUCCAAUCACAUUUUUUGAUCUUUUGUGUUAUGGGCUUUGAUAAAAAUUUCAGAUACCUACUUUCUAUGCAAUUUAUUUUGGCUGAUAUUUUUAGUUAUGACAUAGUUUUUUUCACAUUUAUACAGUGACUUUCUUGAUGUUUUCUUCUUUCUGUACAUCUGUAUUGAUUCAGCAAAUGUGUAUUUAUUACUUUGGCUGAAGGUGGUAUCCAUGAUUUCAUAAUGGUUACAGAUUGUGCCGCUUCGGUACAUGAAACACCUGAACGUUCGGUGAAAUUCUAAUGAAAGUAUUACAGAUACUAUGAGAAUUUGCAUGUGCCUGCCAGUGAAGAUUUCUACAAAUAUAUUAUUUCAUAUUAUGUCAGAUCAUACUGUUCAAAAGGCAACCCUAUAGUGCUUUGUAAAGCGAUUAAAUCAACCCAGAAGCAGGUAGCAUGACCACAUCACUGGUUUCCGUACGUUACAAAUUAAAUGUAACAAGUCUAACUAAAACGUUCGUUUCUUUUAAUGAUUUCAAGCGCAAGGUUGGUUCCUUUUGUUGUGUUCUAAUUUAUUUUGUGUGUUUUGUUUGACUAUGGGUCAAAAUAGUAUUUUAUCAGUACGUGAUGAAUUAAUGUCCUUUCUCUGAAUUAAAUUUACAUAACAUAUUCUGACUCUGAUAUGCAGUAUCUAUCACGCGUACUAUCUGCGCCUACGAUAGAAGAAUUACGGUCGGUGUCCGAAUUUAAACUUGCGCACCGCGUUUAUAGUACAAAAAUUACGGUGUUUUCGGCCGUCAUUUAACCCGGAAGUGAAACAUGAUG